GGAGCGCACCACCACGCAAAUAUAUGCACACUGGUCCCAGUCGGUCAUGCCGCUUAUGUAAUGGGCGCAUAAGAGAUGAGAGGACGCGUCCCGGUCCGUUCCACUGAGGCGGGCUAGCGAGGAGACGCCGCAGACGAUGGGUGAGUCUCAGUCGAGGUCAGUGAUGCUCCACCAUCAGGACCCACCUCUGAACUCGGCCUUCGGAGGCGUCACCAACAGCAAGGCCUCCGCCUCCUCGCUCCGAAACAGGAAGUGCCACAAAGACGGCAACUUCAACUUCCUGCCCGGCAGAGACGAGCUCGGCCUCCCGGCCCACGGCGGAGGGGAUGAGAACCGGAACCCGGUCCGCCCCCGCACCCUGGGCCCCCUGGGCCCCCUGGGCCGCGACCCGCCCGCCUCCCAGCUGUCGUCCGGGUUCCACAACCCGGGUGUCCUGUCGCCGCGGUCGCGCCUGCCCUGCUGGAGCCCGCUGGAGCCGCUGCCCGAGAUCGAGAGCGGGGACGACGGCUACGGCCGCGUCCCCCCGGACGGCGCCGAGGAGCGGCGCUUGGAGGAGGAGGAGGGGGCGACGAAGGCUCCCAGCGGCGAGAAGAGGAGGAGCAGCUUAAGAGGAGCGGAGGACGAAGCCGAGCUGGACGACGGCGACGAGUGGGGCGACAGCGGCUCCGAGUCCGAUUUCGAGGCCCGGUCCGGCGGCAGCGUGUCCUCCCUCAACAUGGAGAGCGGCGGCGAAGGCGUGCUGGCGGGAGGCUGGGACCGGGUCGGAGUCGGGGAACCCAAGUCAAGCGAGAGCCCAGAACCGGGUGAGAGGCACCAACGCAGGUGGCUGAGGGCGAGCGGCCUCGGGAAUGUUCUGGAGGAAGGAGCGGAGGAGGGCGGCGGCGAAGACGGGCCGGACUCGGACUCGGACUCGGACUCGGACGGCGAGCUGCCGCCGCUGAUGGACGCCGUGUGGACGCUGCGGGACCGCGAGCGCUUCAAGGCGCAGGAGAUGGAGAAGCACCAGGUGCAGCUGACCAUGUACCGGCGCCUGGCGCUGAUCCGCUGGGUGCGCGCGCUGCAGGCCCGCGUGCAGGAGCAGCAGAACCGCCUGCAGUCCAGCUUCGACGUCAUCCUGACGCAGAGGAAGGAGCUGCUGCGCGUGGGCGCCGCCGCCGCCGUCGGCGCCGCCCCCGCCGCCGCCGUCGGCCAAUCGUGAGCAGGAAGCAGCGACAGGAAGCGCUCCCUCCAAUCAGACAAUCCUCCAUCACUGUGAUGGACUCUCAGAGCGUCAUAUUCAUGUUUCUGAUUGUAAUGACUCACUUCACCCAUAGGACGUAAUUCAUUCUAAGAAAUGAGGAUAUAUUGUGCGUUUAUGAUGUGUACAUACAAAUGUUCCGUGUGUGUAAGUUGUUGUUAGUCUUUGAUGUCAAUAGAAAAAGGAUUGAAAACCAUAGAAUGAUGAUUUUACAGAUGAUUUCUACGCUGAGACGUUGAUAAUGGUCGUCAUGAAGUGAUGGAGAAAUAAAAUGACCUUCUAUCUUGA